GGAGCCCGCUCUCACUUUUCAGCGGCAGGCGAAGGGGGCUGAGGAAAGGAGGUGGGUCUAGGUAGGGGAAGUUGGGGUGCCACCAGACGGAGACAGCUUGGACAACCAGAGUCAAGCACUCUUUUGGAAGAGGGUAAUCUCUCUCCAAAAACUGAGGACACUUACCUUCCCCAUAUAUUGAGUCCAGCUGUGUUUGGUGGCCCAGGUACUAAUUUCAAGAUGCCAGGACGUUCCAGUUCAAAUUCAGGUUCAACUGGUUUCAUCUCCUUCAGUGGUGUAGAGUCUGCUCUCUCCUCCUUGAAAAGCUUCCAAGCCUGUAUCAACUCUGGUAUGGACACAGCUUCUAGUGUUGCUUUGGAUCUUGUGGAAAGUCAGACUGAAGUGAGUAGUGAAUAUAGUAUGGACAAGGCAAUGGUUGAAUUUGCUACAUUGGAUCGGCAACUAAACCAUUAUGUAAAGGCUGUUCAAUCUACAAUAAAUCAUGUGAAAGAAGAACAUCCAGAAAAAAUACCAGAUUUAAAAUUAUUGGUAGAGAAGAAAUUUUUGGCUUUACAGAGCAAGAAUUCUGAUGCAGACUUUCAAAAUAAUGAAAAAUUUGUACAGUUUAAACAACAGCUGAAAGAACUAAAGAAGCAAUGUGGUCUUCAAGCUGACAGAGAAGCUGACGGAACAGAAGGAGUGGAUGAAGAUAUAAUUGUGACCCAAAGUCAGACCAACUUCACCUGCCCCAUUACAAAGGAGGAAAUGAAGAAGCCAGUGAAAAAUAAAGUGUGUGGCCACACCUAUGAAGAGGACGCCAUUGUUCGCAUGAUUGAGUCCAGGCAAAAGCGGAAGAAAAAGGCCUACGAAAUGCUCUGCCCGGGUAGUGCCUGGAGGUGGGGACCCAGCCGCUCCUGCGAGGCCUGAAGGGCUGACUCCUGCACAGCGAUGAUGCGGCAGCUGAAGAUCGGACAUAAUUCACCAGGCACAGUGGCUCAUGCCUGUAAUCCCAGCACUUUGGGAGGCCAAGGCAGGUGGAUCACUUGAGCUCAGGAGUUCAGGACCAGCCUGGGAAACAUGGUGAAACUCUGUCUCUACCAAAAAUUUUUUAAAAAUUAGCCAGGCGUGAUGGUGUGCACCUGUGGGCCCAGCUACUCAGGAGGCUGAGGUGGGAGGAUUGCUUGAGCCUGGGAGGCAGAGGUCACAGUAAGCAGAGAUAGUGCCACUCCAGCCUGGGUGACAGAAUGAGACCCUGUCAAAAAAAGAAAGAGGAAAGAGG